UUUGGAGGCCAAAGCGCUCGAGGCCGUAAAGCGUAUGCCCGACAGGUGAUGAUCGUCAACAAGAACAAACCUUUGAAACGACCAUUCGAGGAGGCAGAGUGGGAGAAUGUGCCUAUUACAUUCAGCCCGGCAGAUUACAAGCAAGCAGAAGGAGAGCCAGACGUUAUGAUGCCCCAUGCAGAUCCUUUCGUGGCAACGGUUUAUAUAGGCAAUCAUAACGUCAACAAGGUGUUUAUCGAUACUAGUAGCUCGCUAGAUAUCUUAUACUGGAGUUGUUUCCAAAAGAUGAAACUGAAUCCGAGCUCGCUGCAGAAGUAUGAGGGGCCCGUAUAUGGUUUUGACAACCAGCCCGUCCCGGUUGAGGGAGUUAUGACCCUUUCCAUAUAUGUGGGCUCAGAACCACGCUUUAGGAUGGCUUCUGUCAACUUUCUGGUUGUCAAGAUGGAAUCAGCUUGUAACGCUAUAUUAGGAAGAGCUACCCUGUACGAGCUGAAGGCUGUUAUUUCACAACCUCAUCUCUCCCUAAGAGACUCUUUUGGAGGUAAUAGGUCGACUCAGCCUGAUCAACAGACAAUGAGCAUAUCAAACAUUGAGCAUCGACCUGUAGGUGUCGAACAGAAAGCAGAGCCAGUAGAAACAGUCCUUUUAAACCCUGAUGUGCCAAAAAGAACAGUCAAGAUUGGCACCAAGCUCACAGAAGAAGAACGAGCAGAGCUUCUGGAGUUUUUGAGGGUUAAUCAAGACGUGUUUGCGUGGAUUACAGAUGAAAUGCUUGGCAUCCCAACAGAGUUGACAGUCCACAAACUCAGCUUCAUCAGGAGGGUUGAAUAUUCGGAGUGGGUGUCCAACCCUUUGCUCGUCAAAAAACAGAACGGCAAGUGGAGAAUGUAUAUUGAAUUCACCAACUUAAAUGAGGCGUGUCCAAAAGACCCUCAUCCCUUGCCAAAUGUGGAGAAGCUGGUCGAGCGGGCAGUUGGGCACAAGCGGAUGAGCUUUCUUGACGCUAGCUCAAGCUUAAAAAACGUUGGUGCUACAUAUCAAAAGCUGGUGCAAAUCAUUUUUAAACUCCAGAUCGGUAGGAACAUAGAAAUAUAUGUGGAUGACAUGAUAGUCACCAGUGUGCGAGCUGAGGACCAUAUAGCCGACCUGAGUGAGACGUUUCAAAACUUGCACCGAGCCCAGAUGAAGUUGAAUCCCCUGAAGUGCACAUUCGCUGUAGAAUCAAGAAAAUUCCUAGGGUACGUAGUAUCCAAGAAAGGAAUUGAAGUGAACCCAGAGAAGGUUCAAGCUGUUCAACAAAUGGAGCCUCCUAAGACCGUAAAGGAUGUGCAGCGCCUGACAGCACCCCUGUUGUCUAAACCUGUGGAGGGGGAGAGUUUAUACCUGUAUCUGGGGGUCACAAAGGAGGUAAUAAGUUCGAUUUUGCUGAGGGAAGAGAAUAAGCAUCAGAAGCCUAUCUGCUAUGUGAGCAAGGUUUUACAAGGCGCCGAGCAAAACUACCCAUUAGCGAAAAAGGCUGUUUUUGCCCUGGUUUACACAGCUCGUAAGUUGAGAGCUUACUUCCAAUCCCAUCAAAUUGUUGUCUAUACUAAUUUGCCGUUGAGGAAGAUAUUGCAGAAACCAGAACUCUUUGGUCGGCUUAUCGGAUGGAGCGUCGAGCUGAGUGAGUACGACCUCAAAUUUCAGCUGUGCACAACCAUAAAGGGCCAGGCUGUGGCAGACUUCCUAGUGGAGUGUAUCUCGGCAACUGUGGAAGAAAAGGCAACCAAGCACCCAAUCUGGGUCUUGUAUGUUGAUGGAGCUACUAACAUUGAAGGAUCGGGUGUUGGGGCUGUGUUACUAAGUCCAGACGGUUUUAAAUUCGAGCAUGCAUUAAGAUUUAAAUUUCAGACUACUAAUAAUGCUGCGGAAUAUGAAGCCCUCAUUUAUGGCUUGAAGUUGGCGUCCGAGCUGAAAGUGCAAAGUAUUAAGGUGUUCAGUGAUUCUCAGCUCGUGUUCGACAAGAUACCCAGAGCAGAUAACCAACGAGCUGACAAGCUGUUAAAAUUAGCCUCCUUGCAAGAUAUCAACCCUCAUAGGUCAACAAUUGUGGAAGUACUUGAUGCUCCGAGCUACACCGAUUUCACAAUUGAGUGUCAGCUGCUCAGAACAGAGCCCUCUUCACCGAGCUGGACUACCCCGCUCAUAGAUUAUCUGCAUAGUGGCGAGCUGCCUGAAGAUCCAUUCGCUGCAAAGUUGAUUAAACGCAGGGUGGCUCAUUUCAUUUUGUUAGAUAAUCAGCUCUACAAACGAGCAACCUUAAUGUCCCUAUUACGCUGCUUCACUCCUUAUAAAGCUGAAUACAACUUGGGCUGUGUAGAAGCAGUUAAGGACUUUAACAGUGUUGGACUUUAACAGUGUUGGACUAUGAAGCUGCCCAAACAUUAUUGUUAUUAGGAAAAAAGAAAUUGAAUUAUUGACAAUUUUUUUAGAUCAUCAAUAAAAAUCGAUUUAAAUU